AUGUCUACAUAUGCACCUAUGCUAUACCCAAAAAUUUAUCGUAAGUUUGAGGCUUGUUUCACAUCCCUACUGUUAAUCUCUCAGCGGGUACGGUGUGGUGUGCCAGGUAGGGUCAAGUUCGGGAAUACUCACUCGCAUCAUAAGCCUCGGAUCCACAGCUUUUCAAAAUUGCUCAGAUUCCAAAGGAAGAGGAGAACCAGUCAUUUGGGCCAUGACACCUUCCACAUCCAUGACUGUACAUGUCGGGGGUACCACUUGAUGACUUGA